UUACUGAGAAAUUUGGGGCCUUUUCUCUCAUCUAUUUUCUUGUAUUUGGUUCCCGCUGGGCGGGGUGCCUUGCCUGCCUUGUUUGGGUCUGCAACUUUCCCUCUCUUUCUGUUCUUCAGUUCCUUUUUUUUCUUUUGUUCAAUCUCACUUUCUCUUCUAGGAAAUCAAAUUUCAGGCUUUGUUUAUCUUCGAAAUCUAACAAUUUUCAGGACCUUAGUUGUAUACGUUGGUGGAAUCUAGGGCUGUUUGGGAUUUUCUGUGCGUCUUUGAAUUGGAGUGCCAACUUGACAUAGAUAUUGUGGUGGCUUGUGUGGAUGCUCACUCGAAGUGUGGUUCAUAGAAUUUAUAAAUCGCUUGAGAAUCUGUGACAGUUGUUGAACGUGGAAAAGAGGGAUGGGUGAGGAUCCAGGCAAUGCAUUGCAUUUUUGCUUACGUUAGUUGUCCAGUCCAAGAGAGAGAUAGAAACCGUCCAUGAGGGAAGCUGAGUUAGAAGGUAUGGCAUCAAUGAUGGACUGCAACAAAGAAGAGGCUAUUAGAGCCAAGGAAAUUGCUGAGAAGAAGAUGCAAAAUAAAGAUUUUGUGGGAGCUCGGAAGAUUGCUCUCAAGGCUCAACAACUGUACCCAGAUCUAGAUAACAUCUCCCAGAUGCUUACUGUUUGUGAAGUUCACUGUUCUGCUGAGCAGAAGUUCCUUCAUUCAGAGAUGGACUGGUAUGGAAUCCUUCAAAUCACUCAAACAGCUGAUGAAGCAUCCAUAAAAAAGCAGUACCGGAAACUUGCCCUACAGCUUCAUCCUGACAAGAACAAGUUUGCUGGAGCAGAAGCUGCCUUUAAGCUGAUCGGGGAAGCACAAAGGGUGCUUACAGAUCAGCAAAAGCGAACUAUAUAUGACAUGAAAUGUAAACACUCUAUGAGAACUGCUGCACCAAGGCAGCCACAGCAGCCAGUGAAUAGAAACAUUUUUGUCACGAAACCUCCUGUUACUCGGAACAAUUUUACGAGUACUACUUCCCAGCAGUUCACAGGCUUGAACAUGAAUCAAGAACAGCAGAAGGGUGAACAAACUUUCUGGACUCUCUGCCCAUUUUGUGGUAUUAGGUACCAGUAUUACAGAAAUGUUUUGAACAGGGCUUUGCGAUGUCAAAGUUGCACCAAGCCUUUCGUUGCCUAUGAUAUGGAUGCUCAGGGUCCCGCUGGAGGAGCCAACAGGGAUCAAUCUGCAUCUACUCAACAAAAAGAGGUACCUGGUCAGGGUACUAAAGUGGGUUCACAAGGUACUUUUGGGAACCCUCCUGGUGUAGGGUCUCAGAGAACUUUUGGCUCUGGGACCUGGGAACAACAGCAUUUCCCAAAGACAGGAAGUACUUUUGAUGUUAGUAGAGAUUCUAAAGGCACGGGAAAAGAAGGUGGAAAUGUGGAUAUGGGAGUUCGGGAAGAAGGCAAGAGAAGGCCCAAGAACCAAGAAAAAAAUGAGGGGUUAAAACCUUCAGGGAACACGGAUAAGAAGAGGCAAAGGAAAUUAGAUGAAGACAGUAGUGAAAGUUUUGACACUGGAAGCAGCAGUGACAUGGAAGAAGAUGGUUCUCAUCCGGCUGGGCAAAACUCUGGUUUCACUGGGGCCCGUUACCCUCGGAGGUCCAGUAGGCAAAAGAAUAAUGUUACUUAUAAAGAAGAUGUAAGUGAUGAUGAUGACUUCUCAAGCCCUCCAAAAAGAUCAAGGGUGAGUGGAUCAUUUCAUGCGACACAGGAGAAGAAUAAGGAUGCUGCUUCUCCAGGAGGGUUCCCCAAAAUCCAUAGACCAUCCACUUCUGAUGCUGCUUUUCACAAUGAUGUGAAAAUGGAGAACCCUCCUGAAAAAAAUUUACCAAAUGGAAGGAAUGAAACUGAGACAUGCAAAAGAAAUGGGAAAGAAACGGAUGUGGUGGGUGACAAUGAAGGAAGGUCCAAACUUGAUGAUGAUUCUAAAUCAAUUGAGAGUCCCAAGACCAUGCCAGAUCCUGAGUUUUAUGAUAUUCCCGAUCCAGAUUUCAGUAACUUUGACCAGUUAAGAGAACCAGAAAAGUUUGCUGUUGGCCAGAUCUGGGCUCUUUAUGAUACUAUAGAUGCCAUGCCUAGGUUCUAUGCCCGUGUUAAGAAAGUGUAUUCACCUGAGUUCAAGAUACGGAUUACUUGGCUGGAGCCUACUCCAGAAGAAGAAGAUGAGAUUGCUUGGGUCGAGGAGGAUUUGCCUUUUGCCAGUGGUAGUUUCAAACAUGGGAAGACCGAAGAUACUCAAGAUCAGCUUAUGUUCUCUCAUGUGAUUACGUGGGAGACAGGCAACCGUAGGAAUACUUUCAAGAUAUACCCUAGAAAGGGAGAAACGUGGGCACUCUUCAAGGACUGGGAUAUUAAAUGGAACUCUGAUCCAGAGAACCAUCGGAAAUAUGAGUAUGAAUUUGUAGAAGUCCUUUCAGAAUAUUUCGAUGACUCUGGGAUUAGUGUUGUGUACUUGGGUAAGAUGAAAGGAUUUGUCAGCCUGUUUAGGCAAAUUCCGAAGGACGGCAUUUGUUCAUUUCAGAUACCACCCAAUGAAAUAUUGAGGUUCUCCCACAGGAUACCUUCUUUUAGAAUGAAUGGUACGGAAAGAGAUGAUGUUCCAGAAGGAUCUUAUGAACUUGAUCCUGCUUCUCUUCCUACUGACGUUGAAGUGUUUGCUCAUGCUGAAGAUGUGAAUUUGGACAAUGGAAGUAAGAGCUCAUGUCCAAUGUUUCCCAAGGAGAAUGCAAAGCCCAUGAUGGAGUCUAGAGUUCCUGAUAGACAGCAAAAUAGUUCGGAUCUGAAUGAGGAAAAUGGCUUGGGAACAAGGAAUUCAGAAAACAGCAACCAGAAUCCGAUGGAACUGAAUGAAACACUUAAGAAAUCCAGUCAAGAAAAUGCAGGUCAGUGUGCUGAUGAGGAGAAGACACAGAAUCAUCUGAACAAUGUAAAAAAUGGCAGCUUUGAUGGCUUCGCUGAAGCAGGUGUAUCAACAUGUCGGGAUGAUGAGGAGAGGCAUAUAGUGGUUGAUGACACCAUUUCAGACAGCAUAAAUGAAGAUCCUAGUUCUGGUCCUGCUUCAUCUUCAGAACCUGAUGAAAUCCCGGAGACACAAUUCUAUGAUUUCAACACUGGCAAAACCACCGAGAAGUUCAAGACUGGUCAGGUCUGGGCAAUGUAUAGUGACCAUGAUGGCAUGCCUAAGUUCUAUGGGAAAAUAAAGAAAAUUACUCAUGCACCAGAUUUCAAGGUGUCAAUCACAUGGCUCGAAGCCUGCGCUUUGCCAAGAGGUAGUAUUGAGUGGACUAAUAAAGAUAUGCCUGUCUGCUGUGGUGUAUUUCAAACUGAAGAGGAUACCGAAUAUGAUAACACCGGUUCCUUUUCCCAUCAAUUAGAAGCUGAACAAACUGGUAAGAACAAAUAUUCCAUCUACCCUAGGGAAGGUGAGGUUUGGGCAUUGUACAAGAACUGGGAUGCAAAAUGGACUGUUUCCAAUCUGCCUGACUGCAAGUAUGAUGUAGUAGAAAUCCUUGAGCGUAAUAGUUUGCGAACAAAAGUGCAGUUCCUGGUCCUGGUCGAUGGUUAUAAGACGGUUUACAAGGCUGCAACGAGAAGAGGGUCAAAAGUCACCUUGGAGAUCUCAUGUAGAGAGUUGCUUAGGUUCUCUCAUCAGGUUCCUGCAUUCCGGCUGACGGAGGUGGAAAAUGGCAGGUUGAGAGACUGUUGGGAGCUUGAUCCUGCAUCAUUGCCGUCCCCCUAGAUUUGGUGGAAUUAAAAUAUGAGAUGGUAAGUCUUAUCCCAUCCAGUGCAUGUCCCUGGUUCAUUCAGUAUCACUUGUAGCCUGUAUCUUCCACCCAAAUGCUUGUGAAAUUUUGAAUGGUUUUCAAAGAUCAGAUUUUGACCUUUCACAUUUUGGACCGGUGGCUGAUACUACCUGUUCAACCCAGUUGAUAGUGCUGGAUGCAUAGAGCUUUCUUUGCUCCUCAAAGUGUGCAUAGUCUGACAAUGAAUGAUUCUCUCUCUCUCUCUCUCUCUCUCUCUCUCUCUCUCUCUCUCUCUCUCUAUAUAUAUAUAUAUAUAUUUUCAAAUGUAUCUUACCUUAUCUUCUUGUUUUGAUUCCUUUAGGUCACCUUAUCUUCAUGUUUUGUAGGUGUUUAGUGGUGGGACCUAUUAGUUAAUCAUGUUUUGCCCCCAUUACUGUUAACAUCAGAUGUUUAUGUGACAUCUUUGG